AUGAUAAUUAGAACCGUGCCGGUGGGACCCGGAGCACCAGGAAUUGGGGCACCGGGGGUUUCCUUGGGUGCUCCUGAUGGUGCUGGUGCUGCUCCGGAUGGUGCUGGUGCUGCUCCGGAUGGUGGUGCUGCUCCGGUUGGUGCCGGUGGUGCUGCCGGUGGUGGUGCUGCUCCGGUCGGUGCUGGUGCUGCUGCAGAUGGUGGUGGUGCUGCCGGUGGUGGUGCUGCUCCGGUCGGUGCUGGUGCUGCUGCUGAUGGUGGUGCUGCUGGUGGUGCUGCUGAUGGUGGUGCUGCUGGUGGUGCUGCUGAUGGUGGUGCUGCUGGUGGUGCUGCUGGUGGUGGUGCUGCUGGUGGUGGUGGAACCAUACCGGUGGGACCCGGAGCACCGGGGGUUCUCUUGGGUGAUCCUGAUGGUGGUAAUGUGCCUGAUGGUGCUGCUGCUCCGGUUGGUGCCGCUGGUGGUUGUGGUCCUACUGGUGAUGGUCCUCCUGGUGGUGAUGGUGCUGCUGGUGCUGCUGAUGGUGCUCCUGAUGGUGCUUCUAAUCUUGAUUUUAUUCCUGGUGCUCCUGAUAGUGCUUCUAAUCUUGAUUUUAUUCCUGGUGCUCCUGAUGGUGCUUCUGAACUUGAUUUUUGA